AUGGCGACAUCGGAGCCACAGAGACGGCAUUUGCCUCGCUUUGUUCCACGAUCCCAGCGAGCCUUAUUGGUUGCGCUUAUUGCCGUGUCCGUCGUGGAUUCCGUUCUGCUUGGAUAUGACUCUUCCCUGAUGGGGUCGUUGAAUGUGAUGCCCACAUACCAGGAUUAUUUCACUUUGACUACCACAACAAAGUCUCUCAAUACCGCGAUCUCGUAUGUCGGAGGUUCUUGUUCGGCUCUCUUCGCGGGUUUCCUGGUGGACUAUCUAGGCCGAAAGAAAUGCAUCUACAUCUCGGCAUAUGUGACAUUGGUUGGAGCUGUUAUUCAAGCUGCUGCACAAAAUAUUGGCAUGUUCAUUGCUGGGAGGUUCAUCGUUGGCUUUGGCAUGGGCAUCGCACAGACAUCUUGCCCAACAUACGUCGCCGAAACUGUCCCAUUCAAACAUCGUCCUUUGGCGCUAGGUCUGUAUUAUGCCUGUUGGGGCGUUGGUACACUGAUAGCUUCUGGCGUUUGCUAUUCUACUCAGCAUUAUUCAUCAACCUGGGCAUGGCGGACACCAAGCCUCGUUCAAAUAGUGCCCAGUACUCUGUGCCUUAUCGUUCUCCUAUUUUUACCUGAGAGUCCGCGUUGGCUCAUUGCUCAGGAUCGACACGAAGAGGCGCUGGAGGUCCUUGCCGCGGUAGAUGCUCACGGCGACAUUGACUCACCUAUUGUACUUCUCCAGUAUCGCGAGAUCAGUGACACCAUCGCAUGGGAAAAGAGUCGGCAAUUAUCCUUGCUACAAACACUCAGCACCAAAGCGAAUCGCAAGCGGAUACUCAUCACGUCUACUUUUUCCAUCAUUGUCAUGCUUCCUGGAACCAACAUAAUCACUUUUUACUUUGGGGACAUGCUGGUGAGUGGUGGUCCCCCGGCAUCUAUUGUUUGGCUCGCUGACUUUGAGCAGUCCCAGGCUGGAAUUGAUGAUCCAACCACACAGCUUGAGAUCAAUAUCAUCCUCACAUCAUGGACCUUAGUUGUAUCUCUUGCAGGAGCGUGGUUCGCCGACGCGCUUGGUAGGAAGACGUUGUGCUCGAUUAGCCUAGCCGGGCAGAUCAUCACAUUUUAUAUCCUUGCCGGGCUUACUGCUCUUUAUGGCGAAUCUGGGAACAAAUCUGGCAUCUACGGCACGUUAGCCUUCAUCUUCCUUUACAAUGCUUCCUAUGCCUAUGGGAUCACUCCACUCACAGUCCUCUAUCCCCCCGAAGUGCUGUCCCUAGAAUGUCGUGCCAUCGGAAUGUCGAUCUACACUCUAACAACUAAACUAUCCGGUCUUUUGGUCACAAUGGCAUUUCCAUUUUCCAUGGCUGCGAUUGGGUGGAAAACUUAUAUCAUAAAUGCAAGUGCAGAUGUCUUGAUGCUGGUGGGUGUCAUUUGGUACUGGGUCGAGACCAGGGGUCUCACGCUAGAGGAAGUGGACAAGGUCUUUGAAGGCGAGAAGCAUUCUGAUGUCCCAGACUUGAAAGCAGUACUGGACGGAGAAGUCGAAGUGGGCGGUGGGCUUCUCAAGAAGGAAAUUAGCGUCCCAUCCAAAGACCCUCGGGUCGCAGAAGUCAAGUCAUGA